ACUCUCACACUUAACUCUAAAUUGGUAAUUUGUCGACAAGGAACCUCUGCUAAAUGCCCCCCUGUAUGGGGUUUGAACUGCCAUUUUAUUAACGGAGCAAUGCAUUUGUCAUUUAGAGUGACUAAGAAGGCAGACAUGUUUCUCCCUGGCUCUCUCCACUAAGCGCUGUUUGCCUGCUGAUGUUGACUGACUGACUGACUGUGCAGUGCUGGCCUUCUAUUUCCUGGUGACCGUACGCUUCAGAUUCUCACGGGACAAUGGAUAAUACCGUCACACAUCAUAUAGGACGCUCAAAUCUCAGAGGAGUUCUGCUGCUACUUUUGCUGUCAGGCCUUCAGCCAGUGCUGUCUACAGAUGGAGAGGAACCCCAACUGCAUGACAACAAUGAGGAUGCAGAGAAAGUUGCCUGUACAAUUGUCGGCCCCGAAUACGUGACUGUGAGCGUGCCGAGCAGCGUUGAGUGUGACAGCGACUGCCAAGCGUGCACCUUUUCUCUGUCUUUGGAUGGACAGAGCGCCGUGGGUCAGGGCAACGUGUUGGCCUUCACUGUCACCAGCUGGGCCGAGGCCCUCACGGUGACGUGUACGGUCACGGCGGGCAGCGGCCUGACCGCCACGGCAACGAAGCGACUGCAAGUGUUGGCCGGUCCUGCCAAUGUUUCCAUCUCGGGCCCCGGCCUGAUGCACCCAUCUGUGAGCCACACCUACAGUUGCCACGCUUACUGUCGGCCAUCUUGCACCUACGCCUGGAAGACAGACAGAGGCCCGUGGUUGAGUGGUCAGGGGAAUGUUAUUUCUAUCACUCCUAAGGAGAUCUCAGGAGCACAGCUGGUCUGCAAAGCAACCAACAGCGUGUCCAAGCUUUUUGUCGCCGCUGUUCGAGAGAUAACUGUGAUAUCUUUUUCUGACCUCUUUCUCUCAGCUGGUCCACCAAAGGUCGAGAUCAUUGGCCCUGAUGUGAUAGAAAUUGCAGAAAAGUACACGUACGUGUGCUCUGCUGAAUGCACGCCCGCUUGUCGCUACGUGUUGUCCGUGAACAGUCAGACAGUGAGGGGCCCCGUGAUGGAGAUCAUGGUGGAUCAUCCGCUGAAAUCGCUCACGCUCAAGUGUGAGGCUCAGAACACUGCUUCAAAGAGCACUGCCGUGGCCUCAAAGACAGUACAAAUAGCACGGUCGGAUCGGAACCCGUCCAGCCGCCCCGGAGAGGCCUCCGCUGUGCUGCUGCUGGCUGUCAUCAUUUCUGCUCUUUUGCCACUGUGACAGGGAGGGGGGGGGGGGCUUACUAGUGUGGCAAGAGGGCGGCAUCAGGAUCCUAGCAAGGUGUUUCUUUGAGUGCUUUUUGAAAUAUUAUUUAAGCUGUAAUGGCAUUUGCAGAUGUAUUGUCCCCAACAUAAUGAAAAUAAUUAAUUUCUCUCUCUCUCCCUCGGUCUUUGUCUCUGUCCGUCAGAUCUUUCUCUCUUUCAAUGGCUUUGUGAUGAAUUAUUGACUCAUGGCCUGGUUGUUUCACACUGCAUGUUUCUCUGUUGGUGUGGCAGGCUGAAAGGAGGCCGAAGCCCAUUGGAACUUUCCAGCGAGAGGCGUGGAAAAGCACUUCAAUAUCCAAUUCAAUGUAAUGAAUUUGUUGACUGUAUGAUUCUUCUACAUUGAUCCAAA